AAAUAUUAUCAGCAAUUGCAGGAUUUGUUUGGUUCGAAUAAAGCAUAAAUCACAUAUUUUUUUUAUUUUUUUUUCUUUGUAUAAAAAGGCGGGAGUUUUUCUAAAAACUUAUAUUUUAUCUAUGGUCUAAAGAAUUAGUAUAAUAAUAUUUUUCGUUUAUUAAUUUCUAUUUUAAUAAACAAAUUUUCGAUAUCUUAUUUUAAUCAGAAUGCCGUAUACUAGAAAUCGUAAGUAUAAAAGAAACAGAAGAUCUUUACAUUCAGUUAAACAAAAACAGUUAAUAGCUACAAGACUCAUGGAGAUAAGUUUAAAAGUGGAAAGACAUAUUUAUAAUAACAGGCCGAUUUCGACAGCGAAUGCUAUAACAUACAUGGAAGAAGUGUGUUCAUACAAAGCCCAUUGUUUGAAUGACCCCCGAUGUCUACAGGUUAUAGAAAAAUUAAAACGAUCGAUGAAUGCAAUAAUUACUGAGGCAGAAAAUUUUCAUAAUUUAAAUGUAAACAAAUACGAAAUCAAUGAAGUCUAUUUUAACAAUAAUCAGGGAUACAUAUCUCCAGUAUAUUCUAUUGUAGACAAUGACGAGAUGGAAACUAUUGUAGUUCUUCAGAAUAAUAUUGAUACAAUAAAAGAUAUGCCAGAUGAAAAUAUACACAAAAAUGACAUGAUAAUUUUACAUUCAGUAACUGAUCAAGAUGGUAACGUCCAGAACAAUUCAAGACAAAUUUCGAAUGAAUUAAAUUUUAUAGACGAUAAUAUACAAAAACAGCUUUCCAUUUUGUCUAUAAAAGAAAUAGAAGAUCCGACACUAACAAAUGUAAACUCAAAUAACGAAAUGUGUUCCCAGAGUAUUAUUCCUGAUAAUUUUAAGGAUGUUAAUGACAUCACAGACAUAAAAAAUACCGAAAUAAAAGAGCAAGAUAAAACUUUAAUAAUACAUGGAUCACACAAUAAUGUAACAUUGAAAUCUAGGUCUAAAGUUAUUACAGACUUUACAACAAAAGCUAUAAUUUAUAAUGUUCCUCAAAAUGAAAUCGCACAUACUGCUACUAACAUAAAAACGGCUAUUAAAACAACUAAUGUUGAAAAGAAAAAGACGAUUAAACGGAAUAAAGCGAAAAUAAAUGUAACAAGAAAUAUAAAUAAAAGUGUUAACUCUAAAAAGGGUAAAAAAGUAGAAGGAAAUUUUACCAAACCUGUAAAAAAAGUCGUUUCUUUAGCUAAUGAAAUUCCUACAAAAAGUGUAGUAAAAACAAAUGAACCUGAAAUAUUAAAACAAUUAAAUCCAGAUGAGUAUUUAGCUCAGAUACACAACAAAACUGUAGAAAAUAAUUUGUCCUGGUUAGAAAAUAUACGAUACGUACGGCAAGUGGGGGCUGACGAGACUGAUCCUAAAUUGACGUACUUAAAUGAAAGUUUCUGGAAUGAUUACACGCUGCCUAAUGGUUGGAGCGAUCAAGAGUUCUUUUGAAUAUGUACUUAUGUAUUCCUAUAUUAAAGAUUUCAUUUUAUUAUACAACGGGUUUUUUGAUUGUUAACAGGGUCUUUUCAUCCUAUUGAUAUUAUAAAUGCCAAAGUUAACAGUAAAUUGAUGAAUGGAUAGACGCAUGUUUAUUACUCUUUCACGCAAAUUGCUAAACGUGUUUGAAUGAAAUUUGGGACACGGGUAUU